GCUAGUUCAGUCUGUUCAGAUAUCUGUGCGGCAGGUUCUGUUCUGCUCUGUUCUGUGUGCUUCCCCCACGUCUUCCACAGAAUCUUGUUGGUGGUGUUCUGGAUUGUUGGAUGUCUUAUCUCUGCAGUCAAACGCCUUGACUUGCUGUUAGAUGAACGUCCAGCGGGAUCAAUAUUAUUCGACAGCGGGCGAACCGUCAAAAGUCUUGGCAUUGGCGCUACUCAAGACAAACGGAAGGAGCCACGGCGGAAGAACGCUCAAAUUAACCGGAAGCUCGUCUGA